AUUCAUCAGCACAUAAAAGACUGAACCAGAGUACAGUAUUACAUAUGUUGCUGCAGAUCACAAGGCAAAAUAAAAUCCAAUAAUCACAUGAAUGGAUCCCAGCCACUCUUUCAAUCAGCCUCCAGAGGCCUCAAAUUCAUCUGAGAAAUCAGGGAUGACUUCAGCAGCACCACCAGCACACCAGCACAAUCCUGCUGGAUAUCCUCCUUCCUUUCCAAGCCAGCCAGUCCCCCAGGGCCCCUACGUCCAGGGGCUGUAUCCAGGACAAACUGUGGUCAUGCAGCCUUCGGUUUUUGUGACCGCCACUCCACUGGCUGAUCCAGUGUCAAAUUACCUGGCCUACUCCAUCUUCACCAUGCUGUGCUGUUGUUUACCUCUGGGCAUUGCUGCGCUGAUAUACUCCAUCUCUACUCGAGAUGCCAACUAUUCAGGACAACGGGAAUUAGCAGAGAAGAACUCCAAAACGGCGCUCAUCCUGAAUCACAUCGGCCUUGGUAUUGGCCUCGUUUUCAUUGUAGUGAUCAUUAUCAUCCAGAUUGUGAUUUCGACUACUAGAUAAAAGCUGUUAGAGCUGACAUGGUUGGAUGCAGAUUACAAACAGAUUUGUUUUCUGUAUUUUAAAUGUUACUUUCUCAAUUUAUCAUCAUUCUUAUAUGCAUUAAAUGUUACUAUUUUAUGUUUAUAUCCUUUCCUUUCCUUUUCCUAAAUAAACUUAAAUAAAAUAUGUUUAAAUGUGUUGUUCAGACCUUUUGCUUAUGUUAAAUAUCUUGUGUACAGCUGUGCAAAUUAUAUAUAUACACUGUUACGUCCCAGGAUGUAUUUGUUUAAUUCCCUGUCUACAUUUGUGAUGUAUGUGGUCACCAUUUAUUUGUUUGGUGUAAUGUGGUUGUACUUUGUUUUUGUUUUUUGUUUUGCAUUGUGUUGUUUUGUACUCCCUCUCUGGGGCCUGUACCAUGAUGGUGGCUAAACAAACUCAGGGUUACAGGAUUAGUUUUGAGUUGACAAAACCAAACCAGUCCAAUCCGGCUUUGUUGGAACCAUGAAGCUGAUCAUCAACUUUCUCUGCCAACUCAGGCUUUAUCCUGAGUUAAUGGAGCACGUGCAAAUGAAAGUGUGACAUCAGUAAUGAGCAGCCAAUCACAUCCCUUAAAACUGUGAAAAAACUCACUUCUUGUGAGAGAGUCAGUGCGAAGAUUAAAAGAUUGAACAAUAUGAAGAAUUUAAACACAUUUACACAGCACGAUCAUGAAACGAUCUAUCCAUGAAUGAGGAAAACUUAAAGAAAACAUCUUACCAUAUAAGUGCAAGUAAAAGUUGUAAAGUUAGUUUAUAGAGUUGAUAAUGUUUAUAGGUAUAAAAACACUUAAAAAUCUAAGCUCAUAUGUAGUCAUGCUUAAAGCUAUUGAUUCUAAAACUUAUUUAUAUUGCAUAUUAUUGUUUAUGUUGAUUUUAAAAUAAAUAAAAGCUUAAUAAUUACUGUUAAA